AUGGACUUACAAAUAAGCAGUAACCAUAAAUGCCCAAACCGAAGACCUGAAAAAGACUUUGUAUAUAGAAAAUUUGAAGCACGAGACAAAGAUAAUUUUGAAUUUGUAGAAUUAAAUAGUUUUUGGAAUGUUGAAGCAGAUUUUGAUAAAGACUUUUAUUAUGGUUUAUGUAUACGUUGUUAUCAGGAUGCAAUUGAUUUUGAUAAAGAAACUAUUAAAGAAACAAUAAUUGAAGAAAUUAGCAGUGACGAAUCAGAAGAAUUAGAUGAUCUUAUUGAAAUUCCUUUACUUAAACUUAACGAAGAGGGAUAUCGUAGUACUGUUGGAGUCUCUAUUAAAUUACAUCCUGAACAUGAAACUUUAUCUAAUGCAUUAAAUUUUAUUAGAAAUAAAUUCUAUGGAAUAUGGAAGGAUAAAGUACAAUUAUGUGUUGAGCUAGAAGAUUUUAAAGAAUCUGCAACUAAAACAAAUACAUUAAAGAGAUCCUUAAUGCAAGAUACAAAUGUAAAAGCUGUAACUAAAGAAACCAGUAAACAAUUCAAAAAAGCUGAACAGAUGAGCGAAAUAUUUGACGAUAGAAAAAAAAGAUCUGAAAUAUUAAGUCAUUUGCGUAAUGCAUAUUGUACAGGAUCAUGGGCAUCCUUAAAUUGUAUUCCGGGUUCAGGAUAUUAUCCUAGACCGCAACU